AAAGAAGAAGAAAGAUAAAAGAUGUGGAAAUAUUUGAAAAUAUUACUAGGAUUUUAUAUGCUAGUUUUAGCAAAGUGUUCGUUAUUGGAGAUGUCUCAAACGAUGUGGGCUAAAUUGUUAGCAGGUGGUUUAUCGAAAGUUGGCCAAUUAGAUCCAUUGAGAGUUCCAAUGGUGAAGGUCGAUCAAUCGGAAGGUAACACUAGUUACAGGAUGAUAUUAAGAAACAUAGAGAUAUCAGGAUUAAACGAUUCGACGAUAGAAAGUAUUCACGUGGCACGUGGAAAAUUGAGAUCUAAUCUGAGCGAAUUAGAAGCUGGAUAUGUAACUUACAGCGAUUUAGGUGAUCUCGAAUCGAUCCGAUACAAAUUUCACACGGUUGUUAAUAAUAUGAGGAAGGAUAAUAGUGACGAUGUUACCACGAGCGAAUUUAAUUCGUCUCGAUCUAACGAUGAUCGAUUCGAAAGGAUAACACAGUAUCAGCCUCGACAUACUGCUUACGAAAAAUCAAGUGAAAGUAAUUACGGAAGUUACGAGCAACGACGACAAGCUCGUUUCGAUGAACGUAGUUAUCAAGAACCUCGAGAAAAAAUGACCGAAUUUACAACAACGGAUUCUUCUUACAUGAGAAAUUUAAAGAUUGAAGAGAGAAUGGAAACUCAUAGGACACCUGAUAACUUGAAAUAUCCCUCGAGCGUUCACGUUAUAUACGCACAAAGUUUAAAGAACACGAAAGCGAAUCAAGAGAUUUCUAGAAAUGAUAAAGACGAACCAGAUUGUUCUGGUAGUUCUGAUUCAAAUAAAAGUUCAUUUUCAAUGCAAGAUCAUGGAAGUUUUCAAACGUCUGAACAAAAUCAUGAAGACGUUCAUGUUUCAGCUUCAGAAAAUAGAGAAAUUAAAUUGGAACGACCGAUUGAAAGAUCAAGUACAUCGUAUUUUACCGAACAACGUAGGAAUUACAAAACGAGUGGUAAUGUCGAUGGAAAAUUGCAACAAUCGACCGAAAGAUCAACUACGUCGUAUUUUGCUAAUCAACGUAGGGAUUAUCAAGAAAAUGGUAAUGUCGAUGGAAAAGUCGAAAUAAUGUCUCAAAGAUCGGACUCGAUUAAAUCGUCCGAUCAAAGAUUAGAAAAUAGGCCAGGUUACAUUGAUAUAAUCUACGCCGAUGAGAAAAAUUCGAAUGGGGUUAAACAUUUUGGUAAUAUGAGAUUGCAGGCUAAUCGAGAAGCGAAAGUUUAUGGAUUUGAAGAUGUCAUGAAGGAUAUUCAAGAGAAUGCGAGAAUGUUUAUUCAUAAUUUUACCGAGGGUGAGUCAUUGACGAAGAUGAAUGAUCGUAUUAAGAAAGCAUUAGAAGAAAAAAGAUUAAAAGAUCUAGCAAGAUACGCAGCAAAUUAUCAAGAAAAGGAAGGAUACUUCGAGGAGGGUAUGGAGUUGAUUUAUCAUUAUGGCGGAAUGGGAAAUGAAUCAAAAGAAAUUAGACGUAUAAAACGUGCUCAUCCGGAAAAUGAUUCAGAGGACGACGUGAUGCACGUGAUCAUGCGAAUACGCGUGCCACUUCUUCGUGUGAAGUCUGAAUAUAUGCUCACAGGAAAAGUGGGAGAAGAGAUAUUAAGGGGGAAUGGAUUACUAGCCGGAAAUUUCACCGAGCUUCUCGGUGAUUUCACAGUUGAAUUGAAGAAAGAUAAAAACGAUUCGAUGACAGUACGUGCCACCAGGGCAAAAUUAACAUCGAAAGAUAAAAGAAUCGAUCUUCAAGGAAUGAAUGAGGAAGGACCUGUAAAAUCUAUAUUAACUCAAGGUUUAAUGGCUGCCGAAGCAGUUGCAGCUAUGCUUGCCGAUGACUUGACAACCAAGGCUCUCAGCGAGAAAACAGCUGAUGCUAUGGUAUAUCGGAUGUAUAAUGAUCUUCCAAUGAUUAAUUAAUUCGGUGACAGAUCUUUUUAUUAUUAUUACAUUUUACUCGCCAUUAUUAUUAUUAUCAUUAGCUUAUUAAUUUUUCUGUUAAUCUAUA